AUGGAUCACUCCGACCCCUUCCUCCAGGUCCAAGCAGACGUUCUCUCAACGCUACAGACUUCACGACCUCUAUUCUCUUCCUACCUCCGGAUCCGCUCACUAGCCAAGUCGCCGACAAACCCCGAAUUGCAACAAUCCCGUGCCGAGCUGGAAACCACCUUAACAGACCUUAGCGCCGACCUAGACGACCUAGUCGAGAGCGUGCGAGCAAUCGAGCAGGACCCGUACCGCUAUGGCCUCGAACUCGAGGAGGUGCAACGACGGCGCAAACUUGUCGAAGAUGUCGGCGCGGAGAUCGAGAAGAUGAGACAGGAGCUACAGCGAGCGGUCACCAGCUCGGCGGCCAACAACAACAACAGCCCGAAUCAUGCAUCAGGACUUCCUAACCCCGCGGAUUUCGAUGAUACCCUUUCUCCAUCGGGCGAGGAUCGAGGUGGUGAUUACUAUGCGGCUAUGGAGCAGCAACGGCAGACGGAGCUCAUGCACGAGCAGGAUGAACAGCUGGAUGGGGUGUUCCGGACGGUCGGGAAUCUGAGACAGCAGGCGAAUGAUAUGGGGCGGGAGCUGGAAGAGCAGGCAGUUAUGAUUGGGGAGGUCGAUACGCUCGCGGAUCGGGUGGGUGGAAAGCUACAAAGUGGCAUGUCGAAAAUCAAGUAUAUCGUGAGGAAGAAUGAAGAUACGAUGUCGUCAUUCUGCAUCGCCGUGCUCAUCUUCGUCCUCAUUCUCCUUUUGAUUUUGCUCAUUGCGUUAUGA